CUGCGAGGCUGCGACUCGGCCAAGCCCAACAACCAACCCCAAGUCCGCAGCCCUUUUGUUUCCGCCGCCUCCGUUCGCUAGGGUUCCCAUCCCAAUCCCAAUCCCAUGGCUUCCGACGGCGAGAAGAAGAUGAUCACCCUCAAGAGCUCCGACGGCGAGGAGUUCGAGGUCGAGGAGACGGUCGCCAUGGAGUCGCAGACCAUCCGCCACAUGAUCGAGGACGACUGCGCCGACAACGGCAUCCCGCUCCCCAACGUCAACUCCAAGAUCCUCUCCAAGGUCAUCGAGUACUGCAACAAGCACGUCCACGCCGCCGACGCCACCGACGCCGCCGCAGCCAACACCUCCGCCGCCCCCGCCGCCCCCACCGACGACCUCAAGAACUGGGACGCGGACUUCGUCAAAGUCGACCAGGCCACCCUCUUCGACCUCAUCCUGGCUGCAAACUAUCUCAACAUCAAGGGAUUGCUGGACCUCACUUGCCAGACUGUUGCUGACAUGAUCAAGGGCAAGACUCCUGAGGAGAUCCGCAAGACCUUCAACAUCAAGAAUGACUUCACCCCUGAGGAGGAAGAGGAGAUCCGCAGGGAGAACCAGUGGGCUUUUGAGUAGACAGGCAUCAAAGCCUUUAUAUCUUGAUGCUUAGAGUUCGUCUUAUCUACCUUGCAGCGCUACUUUUUAUGUCGUUAUGGUUGUAAUUAUUUGGAGUUACGGUCGGGGUCUGAACAUUAUUACUACUAGGUGGUUAUGUUUCAAGGGUAAACUUAUGUGUGGUCAUUGGUCACUGUUUCUGAACUGAAUGGAUGCCUAUCUAAUAUUAUAUCUGCAGUUGACAUAGUC